AUGCCCGUCGAGGAACUGGAGAGCGACGAGUAUGCUCGUCUUUGGGAGCGAUUGAGAAUACUCGGUCGUCUGGACAGAUGCAAGAUGCCGAGUUGCUCAGCAAGAAAGUGUGCGAACUCGUGGAAGAAACAUUUUAAAGUGUGUUAUUUUCCACUAAAUGAUCCACAAAGAUGUGCAAUAUGGGUAGCCAACAUGAAGAGAGAAAAUUGGACACCAAAUAAACAUUCGGCGUUAUGUCAAGUACAUUUCGCUCCUAAAAUGUGGGAAAAUAAACGUCAGGACAAUCUACUGAAACUAAAAAGAAAUGCGGUGCCAACUUUGUUUGAAGAUGCAGAAGAAGCUAAAACUGGUGAAGCUCUGAAUAAUGCUACUUUUAUUAAUAUUAAUGAAAAUCAAGAAGUAGUUGCAAUUGAUGUUGAAGCACCUAAUCAAAUUGUUGAGGAAGACGACGUAGCAAUGUUGCAUAUAUUUACUCUGUCGUCAAAGGACGACAUAAUAAAUGACACUGAAAUGCAAAAUGAGAUAUACUCUAACAGUGCGGGGUAUGAAGAAUUACUUCGUCAUAUGCCUUUACCUUCUUUACGGACUCUAAGACGACGAUUACAAAAUGUAAAAUUUAAUAGCGGAAUUUUAGAUGAAAUGUUUGAAUUUCUUAAGCUUAAAGUAGCUUGUUUUAAAAACAAUUUAGAUAAACAUUGCAUACUCGUAAUGGAUGAAAUGAGUAUAACUCCUUCUAAAAUAUUUGAUCCUUCGACAAAUACUUUUAUGGGUUAUGCAACAUUAGGUAAUCAUAAAGAUGAAAAAAAUAUUGCAACUCAUGCUUUAGUUUUUAUGUUGGCCGGAAUAGCAAGUAGAUGGAAACAGAUCGUAGGAUAUUAUUUUACUGGUACUACAGUAGAUGGAAUAAACACGUAA